CGUUUUUACACUGACGGUUCGCAAAUGUGUGAUGAUAUUAUCACUCUGAUAUGGAAAGACCGAACAUCGGUGACGAAGACGAUGGCAACAGCUGUAGCGCCAUGGAAGCAGCUUCUCUUUGUUGCGAUUGAGUCGAACUCUCACCUAAGCCACUCUUCUUACGUUCAGCUCGCGACGAUCGGUAUUAACGGACGGCCUUCGAAUCGCACCGUCGUAUUCAGGGGAUUUGAAGAGAAUAGCGACAGGAUUAAAAUCAACACCGAUCUUCGUAGUCGUAAGAUAGAAGAGCUUAAGCAUUGUCCGUUUUCCGAGAUAUGUUGGUAUUUCUCUGAUUCCUGGGAGCAAUUCCGGAUCAAUGGGAGAGUUGAGGUCAUUGAUGCCUCGAAUCCUGAUCAGACCAAACUUCAGCAAAGAGAGAAAGCUUGGUUUGCUAAUUCGUUGAAGUCAAGGCUAAAUUACAUCUGUCCUACUCCUGGAAGUCCGUACAACAGCGAGCAGCCAAACCAAGAAGUUAAAUUAGAUCCCUCAAGUGGUCCAGUUCCUGAGUAUUGCCUGCUGCUUCUAGAGCCAGAAAAGGUUGAUUACUUGAAUCUGAAAAGUAACCAGAGGUUUUUGUUUUCGUCGAUGAUUAGUGGAACAGGAGACAAGUGCUGGACUUCAGAAAAGGUUAACGCAUGAUUAAGUUUUAAUGUCUGAGACUGAGAGAGGGCGAUUAAAUAAUUUCUUAUAUUUGUGGUGGAUUUAGUUUAUGUAGUAUGUAGCAGUUCGUGAUAUUUUCAAAUAUUGUUUUUGGCUCUCAAGCAGUGUAGUGUGUAUCUUUGCAUUCUGGGUGGGAUCAUAUUGAAAAAUCCAAAAAAAAUAUGAAUAAAAAAAUCUGAAUCUUUGUCUUCUAUACCAUAGUUCUCUCUAUCCCUUUGAAUGACAUUUCGUUUGUUCUAUAGUAAUGAAUAAUAGCAGGCAAAUGGAACCGUCUCAUUCUCUAUCUGUGGUUGUUACCAAAAAAAAAAAAAAAAUCCUCUUCUGGAAAAUACUUGCUCUGUCACCAUUGAAGCUAGCACUUUGGAAGAUCUGCAGGAGGAUGAGGUAGGCUCUCUUGCACCGUCUUGCCAUUUUUCACUAUGAUCAUCGUGCUCAUUCCCCAUGUUUGAUGGAUGUCGAAAUGGCAAUGCAAUAACCAGAGCCCUGGAUUGUUGGCAACAAACCGAAUUGCAGCCCAUCCUCCUACUGGAACUCCAAUGGUGUUCAAGUAAGGAGGAUCUUCCAGGUUGAAUCUUGCUGUUCGUUGAUCAUAGUUCCCUGUGCCAUAGCCAAUGACGUAGAAGCUGUGUCCAUGAAGAUGAAUUGGAUGGUUCUCAGUUGUGAGUGUGCCUGUAUUCUGGAAGAUGAUUUGUAUCCUGCUCCCAUACUCUAGAACUAUUGCUCUUGUCCCAUUUGCAGCUUGCGUGUCAUUGGCUAUGUCAUUGGGUGCUCCAUUGACAAAGUCAUAGGCCUUUUCCGGCGAGGUUGGGAAAUCUAAAGUGAAGUAUCCUUCCAGUUUCUUGUAGUAAGCUUCCAAGAUUGAGACUUUAGGCUCGACGAAGCUGAUGUUGUUCAUCGAUGCUGCUAAUCUCCCUUUGCUGGGGCCUUGGCACUUGUUGUUUGGGUUCUCAGAGUUACACUUGUUUACAUUUAUCCCAAUUGUGAUAAAGAGACGAGCAUCGAUAUCUUUUGGAACAUCGACUGUGUUUAGACUUCUGAGCCCAUCCAUGACAGUCUUAACAGCAACAUUAUCGUUGUAAACAGACUCGUACGGACCCAUGGCGAUGGAGUAUUUCCCAAUGGCUUGGUCAGCUGUGACAAGAACGUUCAUUGUCUGUCCGGGCACGAGCAUCACACGCUCUGUUGUGAAAGGUUUUGUGUACUCGCCAUCUACUUCCACUAUGGUCAACCUGUGAUUAGCUAUGGUGAAGAAGCUCUCCAUGUUAAUGCCAGCGUUUAUCAGCCUUAGCAGGUAUGUCUUCCUUGGCACUAUCUCAAUCUUAUAAACAUCUUUAGAGGAGCAGUUAUAGUUAGGUCCUGGCUGACCAUUAAUUGUGAAUGCAUCUGCUGGAGGAGGAGGUCCUCCACUCUCCAGUACAUGUUGUUCCAGCUCUACCACGUUCUUAAGCCAAUACUCUCCUGAAUUAUCAUGAAAUGACAAACAACUCAGUAAACGCAGUUAGUGAAAGAGACCGACUUUGUUGAAGAAGAAAAGAUGACCUAGGAGAAUUGAAUGCUCGCUGAAGGGUUUCUUGAAUGGGUAAGGAACAGAAGCUUUAGGAUAUACAAUAAGUGGACCGUAUACUGUAGCCCUUAGCCAAGAAAAGUGUGCAUGCCAAAAAAAUGUUCCCUUUUGUUGCGCUACUGUGAACUCGUAUGUGAAACUCUGUCCACUUUGAAUUGGACAUUGUGUGAUAUAAGAUGGACCAUCAUACCAACAUGAUAGUUUUUGCUUUAUACCAUGCCAAUGAAUUGUGGUGUUAUAGGGGGUCAUGUUGAUGACUUUAACGACAAUUCUGUCGUCUUCUUGAGCGGAUAUUGCAGGGCCAGGGAAUUUCCCGUUGAUUGUUACAAUCUCUUUGGUCUGGCAUAGUCUUGUGAGUCUCAUUGUUUGUACCUGUUUGAAAAAAAGCUAGUUGCAGCGCUAAUCAUGCCAACGUUCAGUACUUGAAGAAUGAACAAGAAACAGCUAAGACGGAACAAGGCUGAAGUGGUCAUCUUUAAUGGAGAAAGAGACAGCGAGAUAUGAGAGUGAAAGGAUUCUCUACCAAACUUGUGAGGGAUAUGAAACUGCUGAUUGACACCUGGACCGACCCGGUUUUCACCGGGACUACAAAGCAACCUUCUCCUUCAAGCUCUGCGUGUGGUAUAAAUAGAAAGAAGAAGAAAGAGUAAGAAAGGAUCAAGUUCCUUGGUCGGUAUUUUGGAUGGACUUAAUUUCUUUAUUGGUUGUGUCAUCAUCAAAAUUCGUGCACGCCUUAACUUGUCAAGAACUCAUCUUACUACUAGUACAGUAUCUCUUUUUUUAAACACUUACAGAUUUGAAGAACAUGAUGAUUGUUCGAAUUUGACCGACUCAUUUUUUUCAUACUCGAAAGGGGAAAAAGCAUUUAUUUAUACCAGAGGUUGUUUUUGUACAUUGUUGAGUUUGAACACCAAAUCAUUCGUGUUCGUCUAUACACAACGGAUCAAAAAAAGAAUAAUGUAAAACGAUGCC